AUGUGUGUUGGUUUCAUGGUGUAUGAGGGUCCCCGGUUCAAACCCGGGUGGAACCAUUUUAUACUUAUUAUCUCUAUACCUUUAUAUGUUUAUAUGUUUAUACCUUUUAUACCUUUUAUACCUUUAUAUGUCAACUUAUCUUUAUACCUUUAUACCUUCUUAUCUUCUUUUCUAUAUAUGUACCUAUAUUAUUACUUAUACUUCUACUCCUAUAUUUCUAUCCUUUUCUAUGUAUCUAUACUUUAUAUUUUAUACUUUAUAUUUUAUACUUUAUACUUUAUACUUUAUACUUUAUACUUUAUACUUUAUACUUUAUACUUUAUACUUCUUACCUUAUACCUCUUUAGUGCUUUUCUUAUUCUUUCAUCGGUAGGUUCAUAUCAAGUAGGAUACACCCGUUCCCAUCCGAACACGGAAGUAAAGAUGCUUAGAGCCUGA